AUGCAAGAUUUUUUGAAAGGCUCCAGAUUUCAAACGAAACAAUCAUUAAAUUCAAUAGAUGGGAAUCAGUUUGGUGGAUUGGAAGGUGACAGAUUUAGGAUAGGAAAGCGAGUUCUCGAUCUGUUGAAAGGUACGGGAUUGGAGAUGGAAAAACGAGCACUCGAUUCAUUAGAAGGUGCAGGAUUUGGGUUAAGAAAGCGUGCUCUCGAUUCAUUGGAAGGUGAGGGAUUCGGGUUAAGAAAGCGAGCUCUCGAUUCAUUGGACGGUUCGGGAUUUGGGUUAAGAAAGCGAGCUCUCGAUUUAUUGGAAGGUUCGGGAUUUGGGUUAAGAAAGCGAGCUCUCGAUUCAUUGGAAGGUGAGGGAUUUGGAUUGAAGAAACGAGCACUCGAUGCAUUAGAAGGUGCGGGAUUUGGGAUGGAAAAACGAGCUCUCGAUUCGUUGGAAGGUUCGGGAUUUGGAUUGAAGAAACGAGUACUCGAUGCAUUGGAGGGUGAAGGAUUCGGGAUGAAAAAACGAGCUCUUGAUGCAUUGGAAGAUGAGAAAUUUGGGAUAAAGAAGCUUAUUCUCGAUGAAGAACUUGGCAAAUUGCAAAACCGUCCUUUCCAAUCUUCUGGACUAGAGGAUUCCGGAUUAAUCGUUAUUCCACAAACGGAAGGCAUCCGAGUCGAAUGUUCAUUCCUAUCGAUUGAUUUGCAUGAUUUGCAAGCUAAACUGAUUUGUUUGUUUAUAAGUAAAUUUGUAGGAUUGUAA